CAGGGCUGUUUGGCGGGUAAGGGCUUGGCGUUAUCCCCUGGAUUUUACCCCGUCUCAGUGAAAAAAAAUUUCUCGUAAAUGGCAUAACCAGAGGCAAGAUGUUCGUGAAAAAAUUCAAGGAGGAUUUUUACGAUGUAAUCCAAGGAAACAGAUGCCUCCUCCUCGUGAACUUCGACAUAGAUGCGAUCUGCGCGUGCAAAAUUUUGCAGCACCUCUUCAAGAACGACAAUAUGCUGUACACAGUGGUGCCAGUGCAGGGUAUCUCCAACGUUGUGCAGUCAUACCAGGACAACUGCAACGACGUAAAAUACGUGGUGAUGAUAAAUUGCGGAGGUAUAAUAGACAUAGUGGGUCACCUGGAGCCUCCAGAGGACAUGACAUUCUUCGUGAUUGACAGCCACCGACCCCUGGACCUCUGCAACAUCUACUCAGAGAGCCAGAUCAGGAUCCUCCACAGUCAGGGAUCAGGGGAAGAUAUUCCAGAGUACGAUGAAGUGUUCAGGGACUCGUCUGAGGACGAGAGUGAUGAGGACUCGGAUGGUGAGUCUCGCCAAGCGAAGAGACGACGUCUGAACGAGGAGGAUAUGCUCAGGAAACGAGAGAGGAGAGAGUGGGAGGAGAAGAGGGAUACUAUUCUCUUUAAUUACUCACAAUACAGUCAUUAUGGUAAAUCCUCAGCAGUCUUGAUGUUCGAGAUGGCGUGGAGAAUGUCAAAGGACUCUCUGGACAUGGUCUGGUGGGCAAUCGUAGGAUCAACAGAGCAGGCAAUUCUUAAUAAAGUCGAGCCCCAGGUGUCUGUCCUAGAAGCUGGAAAUCUCCAGGGACAGGUGUCGAGGCUCAGCCAUAGACAGGGGGUCGAUGCAGAGCGGCAGCAGCAGAGUGCAGUGAAAAUUAUUUAUGAUAAGGACUUGCAGCUGGCGUUGUACAGACACUGGACUGUUGAGUCGAGUUUAAGGCACUCGAUGACAACUGCUGUUGCCCUGAGGCUCUGGUCCAUCAGGGGUGAGCAGAGGUUGAGGGAACUUUUAGCUGAAAUGGGACUACCCCUAGCUCAGAGCAAACAGCGAUUUUCCUCGAUGGAUCUUAACCUUAGGCUUGAGUUUAGGGAAAUGGUGGAGAAACUCGCUGCCAAGUAUCACGUGGAGGACAUCAUUGGGGCCUCAUUCACUCUGCAGUUUGGAUACAAAUUUAAAUACUGCGCCAGUGAUCUGGUGUAUGCUAUGUUGGCGCUUCUCGAGUCAUCGGGAAAGGACAGGUCACCUCAUCACUGUUUUCUCGAUGCUAUGGACUGCCUUUCCAGGAUGAAGAAGGAUACCUUGGAGAGGGGCAUUGAGAAGGCUAAGGUGAUGCUCGCCAGUGUCUUCAAGACUGCACAGGGAAUUCUCGAGAUGAAGAAGGUUAUGAAUGCCGGAAGUUUUCUUUAUGUGAUUAUUCCUGAGGGGACUGUCGAUGGAAGGCUCUUUGCACAUCCUCAUACGUUACUCAUGCUUGCUCAAUUUGUUUUGAGGGCUUAUGUGGGGAGCUCAAAGAGGAAGGGAGCUGCUGCUGCUCCUCUCGUUGCUUCUGCUAAUUAUGAGCAAGAGGAGGAAACGUGUUUGCUCGUGGGAAUUCCACCCAUUUGCGAGGAUCAACCCAGAAGUUUGUUUGGAAAAGCCUUUGAGCAGGCAGCUAAGAACAUAAAUGCAGCCCUGGAUGCUGACUACUUCGAUACCACAAUUAUAAGACUGAAAACACAGGAUCGCUCAAACUUCUUCGACGCCCUGGCCACUCUCCUCACGUGAAUCAUCCCUGACAGCCCCAUUAUUUUUUAUGUUUUAUAUUUUCGUUAUUCAUAACAAUGCGCGACAAGACAAAGUUUUUUUUUCUUUUAAUUUAACCGGACCGAAAAAGCAGAAAUCGAAUUUUCACGUCGACUUGUACAUACUGGAUAUAACAUUUUUAAUCGUUGGUUAUGGAAAGCUUUAAUUAUUUUCUGAAUUUUUCCUGGGACACAGCCUUAACGAGAAAUACCAGAGAAGCUAUUUUUAUAUAUGUUCAUUUUUUGAGGAGGAAAUUACCUUUAUUUUUUCAUCAAUCUGUCUGUAGCUGCUGAACUAUUCAAAACGAUCAUCCUCAUUAAAACCAGGAUAUUUUUAACCCCGUGACUUUAACCCUAGAGUACUGAGUCAAUUACUUGGUGCAUCAUCUAACGAAUUGAUAUGUCAUCGAUGUAAAUAGGUCGAUUUACCCUGUAAGUGAUACUAGUUUAAGGCACGUUACCCCCGAUCACUUUUUGUUAAUAUGAACCUAGAAAAAUAAAUUAUAAUAAACUCGAUGAAGC